UCCCUUGUUCUUUUUCUGCAGCUGGUCAGCGAGAAGGUUGGAGGAGCUGAAGGGACCAAGCUUGACGAUGACUUCAAGGAAAUGGAAAAGAAAGUGGACCUGACCAGCAAGGCGGUUACAGAAGUAUUGACCAGAACAAUAGAGUACCUCCAGCCGAACCCAGCUUCCAGAGCCAAGCUAACCAUGCUCAACACGAUGUCGAAAAUCCGCGGGCAGGUGAAGAACCCCGGCUACCCGCAGUCGGAAGGGCUGCUGGGGGAGAGCAUGAUCCGAUACGGCAAGGAGCUGGGCGAGGACUCCAACUUCGGCGACGCGCUGCUUGAUGCUGGCGAAUCUAUGAAGCGGUUGGCUGAAGUGAAGGACUCGCUGGAUAUUGAAGUCAAACAAAAUUUUAUUGAUCCCCUCCAGAACCUGUGUGACAAAGACCUGAAAGAGAUCCAGCACCAUCUCAAGAAGCUGGAAGGCAGACGCUUGGACUUUGACUACAAGAAGAAACGACAGGGCAAAAUCCCCGAUGAGGAACUCCGACAGGCCAUGGAGAAAUUUGAAGAGUCCAAGGAAGUAGCGGAGACCAGUAUGCAUAACCUCCUAGAAACUGAUAUCGAGCAGGUGAGCCAGCUCUCGGCCUUGGUGGACGCCCAGCUGGACUACCACAGGCAGGCAGUGCAGAUCCUGGACGAGCUUGCGGAAAAACUCAAGCGCAGAAUGAGGGAGGCCUCCUCGCGCCCCAAGCGGGAAUACAAGCCCAAACCCAGGGAGACAUAUGACUUCGGAGACACUGACCAGUCUAACGGGGGCUUCUCUUGCAAUCCUACCCCCAAAGUCUCAGCUUCCUCCUCUUUCCGAUCCGACAAGCCGUCCCGGGCCUCCGUCAGGAGUAUCCCCCCCCUGGACCAGCCCUGCUGCAAGGCUCUCUACGACUUCGAACCUGAAAACGACGGCGAGCUGGGCUUCAAGGAAGGCGACAUCAUCACCCUGACCAACCAGAUCGACGAAAACUGGUACGAGGGCAUGAUCAAUGGCCAGUCGGGCUUCUUCCCCCUCAACUACGUGGAAGUGCUGGUUCCGCUACCUCAGUGAAACGGCAUCGCUCCCGUCCCCCCCUCCGCUCGCACGGGGCCGAGCCUCCAUUCCACCUCCAUCCUGACACUGGCCCUCUCUGGCGGCGGGGCCGUGA